AUGGGUUUGCCAAGAGCAAGGUCGGAGUCGCCGCCGCGUGUGGAGAGUUCGCAGACUCAAUGCCGGCCGAUCUCGACCUCACCGCUGGGGUUGAGGAUACCCAGGCAGCCGGUACGGCUCAAGGCAUGGAAGGGCCCCCUUCCAUCUAAGCGGAUCACGCCGCCGGCGAUCUUUGGGGACUUCUUCGUCAACGCCAAGGCGGGAGCGGGACGGGCAGCUGUGGAGGUGGAGUGUGCGGGGGUAGAGUCGGAGGCGAUGGCCGGCAGCUCUCCCUCGCCGGUGCCGGAGGCGGCGGCUUCCAUUCGGCCGCGUUUCGAACCAACGAAGGCGGGAUCUCCCGAUGCUGGGCCUCAGCUGCGUUGGGCCGGUUUUGGCCGGGCUCUGAUGGGCUUGCAACGAGCGGUGCGGCGCAGGGUUCUUCACCCAGCGAUUACGUUGCAUGCGAUCACAAGUUCGAUCACGUUCCCCUCCGCUGCGGAAGCUCUCGUCGCCGCCGCCCCUCCGCUCGAGCCGCCAGGUCCUCGCCUCCCCCUUUCGUCGUCACCAUCCUCGUGGGGAGCCCCGUUCGCGCGCUCUUUCGUGGACGUGGUCUCCAGGGGAGCUUCGGCCACCACCAUGGUCGGGCCGACCCGCCCCGUGCCGCCAGAUCAACCUCAGGCUCCGUCGGCGCCGCCUCCUGUGCGGGUGGUGGUCGCGCCGGGGGCCAACUCAGGGCAGUACCAAGGACCCCCAGGGUUUCAAGGGUGGCCGGUGGGCGCCCUCAUGCCGCCGGCACCAGCAGCGCCACCACGGCCACAAGCGGGGUUUCGCCCUCCGCCGCGUAUGCUAGCCCCCCAGCCUCAGUUUAUGCCCCAACAACCGCAGUAUCCGCAGUAUCAAGGGCAGUUUUUCCAGUACCCUCAACCUUGCAGCAGCCUAUGGUGCAACAGCCGAUGUAGCAGGCGGUACAGAACCCACCAGCGCAACCUGGUCAGUUGA